GGAGAUCAGGAGGACAACUCGGCCAACAAGAUGCUGAAGCGCUGCCUUAGCAAAGGGGUCGUCAUCGUGCCUUUAAUUCUGGUCGUUGGGCUGAUCUCCACAAAGCCGGCUACAGGUGAAGAAGAAUCUGGAACAACGAUCCCUGCUGAAAGUCGUCCGUGCGUUGACUGCCAUGCGUUUGAAUUCAUGCAGAGAGCCCUGCAAGAUUUAAAGAAGACAGCUUAUAAUUUAGAUACACGGACAGAAACCUUGCUUUUCAAAGUGGAGAAGCGAACCCUGUGUGACUGUUUAACUGCAAACGCCUUGAACUGAACGCCAGAGGACCGCCCGGGAGCCGCCCAUCCUUCGGUCUCGAAACAUAGAGCUACGGCAAGCCUGUCAGCUGCAGGACACUCAUAAGACUAGGUGUGUGUGGGGGGGGAUCGGGGGCGUGAGAUGG